GAGGCUUGUAAGACGUACAGGAAACUCUUGAGCAGCUUUAUGGACUAAAAAAAAACCCCAGAAGACUUACGACCAAAAUCUUCAGCAUUCUGAAUUUGAUUCUUCAGGAUCACUGGAGGAAAGGGUGAAAAAUGAAGAAAUCUGAGAUGUUUGGUUUCACUCUGGAGACAGACGACAGGACAGAGGAGGAAAGGUCGCGCCAAAAGGUGACUAAGAAAGAUGGUCUGGCUUCUGCUUUGAGGUUGAGCCCGGAGGACCCCAAGACACCUAUGGACACUGAUUACCAGGAAGAAAUGGAGAAGAUGAAACCUCAGAUCAGAUUCAAUUUCAACUUUGACAAAGGGAUUCGAGGUGUGGAUCAGCAUGAUAACAGGAGAGACAGCAAGACGUAUAACCGUGACAGACUGUUUGAAGCAGUGGCCAGCAGAGAUAUCAGCAAACUCGAUGGCCUUCAAGAGUACCUGCGCCAAAAUAUGAAGAAACUCUCUGACUCUUUGUAUCGGUCCUACGGUAAAACGCCCUUAAUGAAAGCUCUAAUGCACCUCAAAGACGGCAGGAAUGAGACCAUUGAAAUGUUGAUCGACAUUUCAGAGAAGAUGGGUGAUGUUAAGGAGUUUGUGAACGCAGCCUACACCAACAACUACUACAAAGGCCAGACAGCUCUGCAUAUAGCCAUCGAGAGGAGAAGUAUUUUUUAUGUGAAGCUGCUGGUCAGCAAAGGUGCAGACGUCCACGUCAGAGCUUGCGGGAAAUUCUUCCAACCACACAAGGGUCCCUACUUCUACUUUGGUGAGCUGCCCCUGUCUCUGGCAGCCUGCACCAACCAGCCCGAUGUGGUAGACUUCUUAAUGGACAAUGAAUACCAGCGAGCAGAUCCUAAGAUGGUAGAUUCUCAAGGCAACACGGUCCUGCAUGCCCUUGUGAUGGUGGCUGACAACUCCAAGUGCAACACAGAAUUCAUAGUCAGCAUGUACGACCGUAUCCUAAAGAUCACAGCGAGACUGUAUCCCAAGGUGCAGCUGGAAAACAUUGAGAACAAGAAGGGCCUGACACCUCUCAAAAUGGCUGCCCGCACUGGCAAGACUGAGCUGUUCUCACACAUCUUAAGACGAGAGUUCCAAGAGCCUGGAACCAAACACUUGUCCCGUAAAUUCACCGAGUGGGUUUAUGGGCCUGUCCACUGCUCCCUGUACGACCUGGCCUCCGUGGACUCAUAUGAGGAGAACUCAGUGCUGAAGAUACUGAUCUACGGCAGCGACAUCCCUAACCGUCACGAGAUGCUCGAGACGGAGCCUCUGAUCCAACUGCUUGAAGAAAAGUGGAAUAGGUUUGCCAGUGGAAUGUUUUUCUUCAACUUCCUGUCCUACCUUGUGUACUUGAUCAUCUUUACUCUCCUAGCCUACUAUAAGAAAGAAAGAAUGCCAUUACUUCACAUUAACCUCAAGACCGAUGAUUACCUGUACAUUUUAGCUUGGCUGGUGACAGCAGUUGCGAACUGCUACUUCUUUUUCAUAGGGAUUAUAGAUAUGAUGAGGAAACGACCAAAGCUGGAGACCCUGCUGGUUGACGGAUAUUAUGAGAUUCUUUUUCUUUUGCAGGGUGUCCUCUUCCUGAUCUCCACUGGGCUCCACCUGUUUGGGAGGGAUAAGUACCUCAGCUUCCUGGUGUUGUGUCUUGCUCUCAGCUGGGUGAACAUACUCUACUUCUCCAGGGGCAACGAGCACAUGGGCAUCUAUAGUGUCAUGAUACAAAAGAUGAUCCUCAGUGACAUCCUGCGCUUCCUGUUUGUCUACAUCGUCUUUCUCUUUGGAUUUUCAGCAGCGGUGGUCACCCUCCUCAAAGAGCCUACAGCGGACAAGUCUCCUGAUAAAGAGCUGAAUACAACAAACACCACUAAAUCACCUCGUUUUGUCCUUGUUGGUCUUGAGGAGGAUUGUGUCAAACCCAGCUUCUCAAACAUCUCCUACACUACCCUGCAGCUCUUCAAGUUCACCAUUGGCAUGGGCGACAUGGAGUUCAUCCAGGAUUACAAGUACAUAGACGUCUUCUACGUGCUCCUCAUCUUCUAUAUCAUACUUACCUACAUCCUGCUGCUCAACAUGCUCAUCGCGCUCAUGAACCGCACUGUGGAGAAGCUCACCAAUGAGACCACCAGCAUCUGGAAGCUACAGAGGGCUAUCACUAUCCUGGACAUGGAGAGGAGACUGCCCUGUUGCCUGAGGGGUUAUUUUCGCUGUGGGGUGGAGAAAAAUCUCAACACUGCUACUGGAAAGGACUGCCGGCGGUGUUUCAGAGUGGAGGAAGUCAACUGGAACAAAUGGAACAGCAACCUGGUCAAAAUCGAUGAGGAUCCCGGCUGUUGGGAGCGUGUCCAGCACCCAGGCACUGAAACCCCACCUAGGAGCCAACAAAGAGGGAGGAGCUGGAGAGGCUUAUUCAUGGAUGGCAGUAGGCGGUGGCAGGCGUACCAGUCCACAGAGAUGACACCGGUCUAACAGAGAGCUGCUCUCUGGCUACUCAGCCUGACUGGCUGUUUUACUUGCCCAAUAAUUUUAACAGACAUGGAUAAUCUACUUUACUGACUGACUGAUUCCCCAGUGUAACCUUCCAAAGAAAACCUUGUGGACACUUUGGGUUUGACUGACAACAGUGUAAAACAGCAAUAUUUAUCAGUAUUGAACGCCAGGCAGUGUUGUGCAAAUAGCAAAGAAAUUUUAAAGCAGAACAUUUAAUCCAGCGGCUUCUUCUACAUGCUGCUCCUGCACGUCAACUGGAUGCACAUCCUCUGCUCAAAGGCCAUAACCCGCUGGCACCUCUGGUAUGGCUCGAAAACCUUCGUGGAGUAAUGCCACUCACCAAGGUGCUGAUCCUUCCCUCCCACUGUGUGCCCUUUAUACUAGGCCCAUUUUCAUCACAGCCAGACAAGCUAAAUCUACUGCGACCAGAUCAGUCCCACAGAUUUCACAGCUUGCUUUGUCUACUCCACUUCCUGUUCCGGCCUGGAUAAAUGGCAUGAAGCGGCAGCAAUUGGUGUAGCAAUCACCACCUUUGGCUCUACCUGUCACAGUUACAAAUGUGGCUUAGACAAGCCUUUAGAAACACCGAGUCGCUUCUAGGGCUGAUUAUGAGAGAGACAAAUGUGUGUGUGUGUGUGUGUGUAGCUACCUGAACUGUCACAGAGGAUGACAAGAGCUAGGCUGCCUGCUGUUAAUUUAGACAAAUUAAUGUUCAAGCGAACUGAGUUCAAAGCAUAAAUUAGAACUUUAUUUUAUUAUUACAAUAUUACAAAAAGAGUAGCACAACUCUCACGCUCUUGCCUCUUAUCUGUCGUACAGAAUGACACAAAAGAAAGGUUCGUGGACCUUCUUCCAUUUCACAGCAACAGUACAAGAAAUAAAGAAAGAAAAUAAAUUUUUAAAUAACAAGCAAAUCAAGUAUUAUAAAUAGUCACAACUGCAAACUGAAGCUUUGAAACUUUGUGGGGAGGGGAGGGAGAAGAAAAAAAAAUUGUUACAGCUCAAAAAACUACACAUUGCUAAAAAUAUAUAAUUACAAAAUAUUACUCAUUUUCCUCACUUUACAUAAUAAAGAAUAUCUAAGGAAUUGCUCUGCCUAUUCAACAAAACUUCCAUUAAAGUCAAAAGUCAAAAGAAAAAAAAAAAGAAAAGCAAAAUAAAAUUGCUGUUUCUGUGGAUCCUUA